CACACCGUGUUAAACACAAGGCAACCUGAUUAACAUUGCAUUGAUCAUUGAUUAUGUGUAUUCGGCUGUUCUAUUUUUAAUGCAGCCUCCCACCGGAUGAUCUCAAUCACUCCGCCGCUUGAGACCGACACGAUGGAUUUACAAAAUCUUCUUGCUGCAAGGUUGUGACAACAUAAUGGGAUAGUAUUCGAUUCAAUUCUAGUAAAACAAAAAUGGCCCAAAACUCUGCACACUAUGAGCAGGACAAGGAUGCAGUUGAACUGGACAUCGAAUACCAAGCUAGAAAUAGAAUCACGGGGACUUCCCUUCCAAUUAAAAGGGGUUCCUGGCCAAUUCUCUUUGAACGUGCAUCUGGAAGUUGGUGGAAUCCUAAAUUUGAUUCUAAUGAUUUAGAGAUAGAACAGUGGAAAAGUUACCUUCCACAGACACGGAAACGAUUUCAGUAUGCGCUCUUCUAUAUUAUCAUAGCGUGUAUCGCUUGGUGCGUAUUCUUUGGCACUACAAGAAGUGAUAAGUGGACAUAUUUUUUAGGCGGAACUUUAGCUCUGUUGGGAUUUGUAGCACUCAUCCUUUGGUUUUCGUACACAACCUUUUAUGAAAGGUUUUGUUUAUAUACUUCAAUAAUUCUAACUGUUGUGUUGUGUGCAGCAAUCCUUGUGCAGUUUAUAUAUGCACAAUCAGAUUUGUCAACAAUGGGUAGUUUUACUGCAUCAAUAGAAGUGUUAUUAAUAAUGUAUGCAGUAUUGCCCAUGCCACUAUUCGUUGCCAUCGGAAUAGGUGUUACACAUUCAAUAUUAUAUGAAGUUCUCGUCGUGCUUCAGAAUAAAGACAUGCAGUCUGUAACAUUUAUUGUUGGCAAAGUUUUGCUACAUUUUUGUAUUCAUAUCAUGGGCAUUCACAUAUUUGUUAUGUCUCAAGUUACACGUCGUAGUACUUUUUGGAAAAUAGGUCAGUCUGUAAUGGCGAAGCGAGAUUUACAAAUUGAAAAACAGAUCAAAGAAAAAAUGAUCCACUCUCUCAUGCCUCCGAAAGUGGCAUUGGAAGUGAUGGAAUCACAGGGUAGUAACCCAGAUGAAGAAGUUGAUGAUGGGAGAGAGACAAAACAUAAGCAUCAUGAGAAGGGAGAGAUCAUUUUCAGACCAUUUAAUAUGAGUUCGAUGGAAAAUGUUAGCAUUUUGUUUGCUGAUAUUGUUGGAUUUACAAAAAUGAGUUCAAAUAAAACAGCUGAACAUUUGGUAGGUCUCCUGAACGAUCUCUUUGGAAGGUUCGAUAAAUUGUGCACUCUGUGUGGCUGUGAAAAAAUUAGCACAUUAGGUGAUUGUUACUACUGUGUGUCCGGCUGUCCAGAACCCAAGGCCGAUCAUGCUCAGUGCUGUGUUGAGAUGGGGCUUGGCAUGAUCAAAGCUAUAAAGCAAUUUGAUAAGGAUAAUAAUGAAUCAGUCGACAUGAGAGUUGGUGUUCAUACUGGUACCGUUCUCUGUGGUAUAGUUGGCACCAGGAGGUUUAAGUUCGAUGUAUGGUCUAAUGAUGUCACUCUUGCUAAUACCAUGGAAUCUUCAGGAGUUCCUGGCAAAAUUCAUAUUUCCGAUGCAUCAUACGAUUUUUUAAAAGAUGAAUAUGAAGUUGAAGAUGGACCUGAUGUUCAAGAUAACAGGACAUACAAAGUAUUGAUUGAAGAUUAUAAUAAAGAAACAUCUCAGUUUUCUGUCAGACAUACAGAGAAUCAAAAAGUUAUAAAGACUUAUUUUAUAAGUAAACCAAAGAAAAGAUUGAAAGCCAUCAGUCCUAAAGCUUCUAGUGGAGAUUUGGAGAAGGAAGGGGAGCCAGAAAAUGUUACUGUUGAGAUUGAACAGAUUGGUAUCUCUGGUGCAUCAGGGGAAGGAGGGGAAACCAAAGAAAAAUUGGGAUCCAGACUAUCAAAUCGUUUUGAUUCUAAGGCUGCUGAUGUGAACGGUGUAUCUCCCACAGAACUCCUCCAUCGUAGACACAGCAGUGGAUACUAUGACGCUAGUGAACAGUCCUUAGAUAAAAUUGGUAGGGGUGAGGAAAUAAAGGAUCCAGCCAUGAUGCCUAUGAAUGAUACUUGGCAGCAUCGGAUUGAAAUGCACAAAUUAAACGAUAAACAGAUCAUCAAAUGUCUACAAGUGGAUAUCAAAAACAAAGAAUUGUUUUACCGUCCUCCCAUUAACCAACUCACUCUUAGUUUUCUCAAAAAUGAUCUGGAACAUGCAUAUAGGAAUCGGUAUGACGAAGAUUUGAAGUACCAGAACACUGUAUCGUCUCCACGAUACCAUGCUUUGUUAGAAACAGUUGUAUCAUUCAUUAUAUUCUCUCUGAUAUCAAUCUGUUGCUUUAUUAUCUUCAACAGGAAUAUAGCCUGGAUCACAGUUUUUAUUGUCUCAUUAUUGAUUGAAGUGUUGGCGUUGGUGCACACAUUCACUGAUAUUAAAUGCCAUGAGAAGAAAGUAUCUGACUGUCCGAGUUGUGUACAUUUUCUGUCUGGUUGGUAUUGUCGUAACUUAGUCGGAGCUGUUUUAGCCAGUAUACCUGUAAUAGCUGUCUAUUCUAAUAUGUCAUGUGAGCUAGUGCUUAGUUCUAUGCUCCAAGACCGUUUCUUCUGCUAUUGCAUAGUAAUGGCCAUGUUACAUUAUUGUAACUUUACUAUGCUGAGUUCCUGGAUGAAGUCCAUGUUAGCUGCAUUAGCUGGGCUAACAUUACUGAUCCUGCUGGGUGUAGAGUUGUGUGUCAUACCACAGCCAGUAUCAACCACAAUGUCAGUAAUACUUAAUGUGACGGGUAAUGCUACCAUGCCACCAUACGUAGAUGCAACCAAAUAUUCAACUUAUCUUUUUUCUGGUCACCAUAAACUUAUUUUUGAACUCAUUUUAGAUAUAUUACUGUUGUUUUUACUCAUCUGGUUUCUAAACCGAGAAUUUGAGAUUAGUUAUCGUGUCAGUUUCCAUGGAGAUUCUGGCGCUGCUAAGGCUAAGCAGCAGAUGAAAGAGAAUAAGGAACAAGCUGAUUGGUUGCUCCACAAUAUUAUUCCUCAGCAUGUCUCGGAGCAACUCAAAACCACGUCGAAAUUCUCCAAAAACCAUAAAGAUGUAGGAGUCAUAUUCGCAACUAUCGUUAACUUCAAUGAAUUUUACGAUGAAUCUUAUCAGGGUGGACGUGAAUAUCUCAGAGUCUUGAAUGAACUUGUUAGUGAUUAUGAAGAUCUCUUAGAUGAUAAACGUUUUAAAGAUGUAGAGAAAAUAAAGACAAUUACCAGUACAUUUAUGGCAGCAUCAGGCUUGAACGAUGUAAGUCGUGCCCAAAACAAACAUCCAUUCGGCCAUUUACUGGCGCUGAUGGAAUUCUGUAUAGAAAUGCAAAAUGUGGUCCAAAGGUUUAACGACAGUAUAUUUAAUUUUGACUUCAUACUGAAUAUAGGAUAUAAUUUUGGAGAAGUAACCUCUGGCGUAAUUGGUACGACUAAACUAUUGUAUGAUAUUUGGGGGGAUACGGUAAAUAUUUCAAGUAGGAUGUACUCUACAGGAGUGAUGGGGAGGAUCCAAGUUCCAUCCAAAACUAUUGAAAUCCUUGGAGAUUUUUUUGAAUUUGAAGAACGUGGUUCAAUACAGGUUAAAGGUAAAGGUGAAAUGAAAGUUGCCCUUCUUGUGGAAAAGAAAGAAGGAGUUCACUGGGAGUAAAUGAAGGUUGUAGUUUAUUACUGUCUUCUUCAACCUUUGACAGUUAAGUGAUAUACAAAGCCAGUGGAUUGUUUAAUUACACAGUACUUUUGUCUUUUAGUAUAAUUGUUUUAUAAUUUGAAUUUUAUGCUGAUGUAACCAUUUUAUUUACUAAUGCCAAAUUAAAAAAGCUUGUGUGUUUUCAUUUGGUAUGUAAAGCUUUUAUUAGAGUUACCUUUGGAUUUGAGUGUGAAACUAACCAUGCAUUAUAACAAAUAGUGUUUAUCAACCAAAUUUUAACCCUCAUCAACAAAAACUGGUUAUAUUUGUGGUUUUUUUUGCUGAAAAUUGUUUUUUUUUAAAUAUUUUUACGAAUAGUAAGUUUAAUCAUUCUGUAUUUUAGCUAUUGUCUUAAAUAUAAUUUGAUGAUGUUGGAUGGCUUUUUUUAGCCAAAGAAUUGUCUAAGAGAGUUUAUUAUUUUUUACAUUAAUUCUUACAUUGUGCUUCAACCAAAACAUUUAAUUCAUAUUUAUAAGCAUAUAUGGGACUAACAGCCAUGCGUUAUUUUGCAACCACUUUAUAAUUUCAUUAAAGAUUGUGACAUGUCUCUAGAUAAAAUUUAUCACAAAGAUAUACCGAUGCAAUCAUUUUAUCCAUUUUGCUGUAAGUUGUACUUUUAAAGUUUCCAACAAAACCAUAAGACAAAGUUUUCUAGAAAUCAUCUGAUAACCCUGCCAACCAAACUAGUAGGACAUUUUUCAGUCCAAUUUAACCUUAAAUCAUUCUAGGUAUUUUACUUUUACCUAUCUACCAAUUCAGUGGGACUAUUGAAAAAUUUGGUGUUCUUUUGAAAGGUGUUCCAUUCAAAUCAGUAGGGCUGCUUUGCCAGUUUUCCAGAUGACGGACAUGGUUCUCUUUGGGUGAUUUGGCUUCCUCUGCCAAAAAAAACCUGGUUGCUGUAAGUGGUGUCAAACACCUAUAAACAAAGACACAAAUGAGUAGAAAAAAGGGGGGUUGGGGAAAUACUUUGUGAGAUCUGCUUUAACUUUUUCUAGUUUUUUUUUUAUCAUAAUUUAAGUACAUGUACUAUGAAAUAAUGUAUUGUUACACAAACAGCAGUUAUGAUUUGUUGUGUGGGAAAAGCACAUGUGCUACUAACUGCUUUGUUUUAAGUUUAUAAUUGCUGUUGUCAGUAGAAACGUUAGAAAAUUAAAUGUGAUUUUAUUUAUCUUGUCAUAUUGUUUUUUCUGUUUUUCUAUGUUUCUCAUAAUUAAAUUGAAGUAUUUGAGGUACCAUUGAUAUUUUAUUGGUUAUGCCAUGGGGCUGAUCUAGCAGAAAAUGUAAGUGUGUUGAUAAGAAACAAUUUUCUUUUACAAUUAUUUGAUUUUUUGGGGGGUCACUAUCUAUCCAGUAUAUCUGCCUUCAUGCAUCUUUACUGUGCAUGAAAUAUUUGUUUGUGGUAAGAAGGAUUAACAGUAAAGAAAUAAACAUAUGAUAUUAGCCCCAAGUUAAGAUUACAGGGUAAUUAAUAUGUGCCUCAUAUUUAUAAAAGGAUGCAAUGGUUCACCAAACUUUCAAGCUUUCAAAGUCAUUUUGAUGAAGAUGUUUUUAUUUAUAUAUUUUAAAUAUGAAACAAAACCAAAAACACUUGUGCCAUAGUUCUGUUAUCUUUUUGCUUGAUGUUACAAAGUAGUUGGGGACAAACCUGUGAGUGAGGGUAGGGGUCAUGUAGUAUACAUAAGUUCAGGUCAACUCAUGAUUCUGUGAUCUACAAUUGUGUAUAAUACAAUACAUGCAGUACAUUUAUUGGUGUAAGUUAUGUGAAUCUUUUUGGACAUUUAAUUUGUUGUCUUUCCACAUGGAUCAUACAGAUUCUUUAGAAAAAAAUGAGAUUGCAUAGGUUUAUUGUUUGGCUAAUUCUUUCCAUGCAUACAAAUUAUGUAUUAUUUUUCUUAUCUGAACUUAUUUAUUUUUCAAAAUUAUUGUUC